GUCAUUCUCAUUCCAGUCUUCCCUCGUGCUCGUGUGUAUGUAUGUCUACGAUCGUUGUCAUGUUUGUCUAACAUUUUUACUUUUCUGAACUCUUCUACGUAGUAACUUUGAACCAAAUAACAACAGAACAAAUAUUAACAUGCAAGAAUCAGACAACGAAGUUGCCGACACGGGGCCCGUCGAUAAUGCAUGGGCUAUGAAAAUACCCAAGUUCACCCCUGAAGAUAACCCUCAUGGUCUGUUAGAAGAAAGUAAAUUUGCAACCUUAUUUCCCAAAUAUCGUGAACAGUACCUUAAAGAAUGCUGGCCUCUCGUGCAGAAAGUGUUAAAAGAACAUCACAUUGUUGCCGAAUUGGACCUUAUUGAAGGUAGCAUUAUUGUGAAAACUACGAGAAAGACUUGGGACCCUUAUAUAAUAAUAAAAGCAAGAGAUUUAAUGAAGCUGCUAUCCAGAAGCGUUCCAUUUGAGCAGGCAGUUAGGGUUCUAGAGGACGAAAUAGGAUGUGACAUUAUUAAAAUAAACUCAUUUGUGCGAAAGAAGGAAACAUUUCUGAAGAGACGACAGCGAUUGAUAGGACCAAAUGGAGUCACCCUCAAGUCUAUCGAAUUAUUGACCGAGUGUUACGUCCUUGUGCAAGGCAAUACUGUGUCCGCUGUGGGCCCAUACAAGGGUUUAGUUCAAGUCCGACGCAUAGUAGAGGAUACUAUGAAAAACAUCCACCCAAUGUAUAACAUAAAAAGUUUAAUGAUUAAGAGAGAACUAAUGAAAGAUCCUAGACUAAAAAAUGAAAGCUGGGACAGGUUCCUGCCAACAUUUAAAAGCAAAAAUGUGCCAAGGAAACAGCCGAAAAAGAAAGUUGAGAAGAAACCUUACACCCCAUUCCCACCGCCGCAAGCAGAGAGCAAGAUUGACAAGGAGCUGGCUACUGGAGAGUACUUCCUCAAGGACGAGCAGAAGAAGGCUAAGAAGAGGCAUGCCAGAGAGGAGAAGCAAGAACAAAAUAAGCGGGCUCGUGCGGAACAGCGGCAGAAGGACUUCCUUCCACCGGAAGAAAAAUUUGCUGCACCAUCUACAUCCACAGAGACAACAGUGGAUAUCCAACAGUUUAAGGCUAAAAUGAAGAAAUUCUCUAAACAGCACAAAGGACUGAAAAAAUCUAAGGCACAGGAUAAUGGUCAAUAGUAAAGUAAAAAAGUUGCUGAUUCUUUAUUACAACAAAAUAUAGGGAAUUUUUAAUUGAUGUGGACCAUUAUAUUGAAAAUGCUCUACUACUAAUAUGACUAUUAUAACUCACAGUUAGUCCAAGCACAUGUACUGGUCCAGAUUCGCAUUGACAGACUGGUUUAUACAACUACCUUACUUUGUGCACACAAUCUCAAAUCAAAACCUACCUUCAUUGUCUAUGAAAAUCACUCACAUCAGGGAUUUGCUGCUACUACAUUAACAGAACAUACUGCCUUUUCAUUGUAAGAAAUAACUUCAAAUUUGGCAUGUAAAUUACUAUUUCAUAUAGAGAACCUUGUAGACAUUAAUAUAUUUUUACAUUCAUACAAAAUACACUACUUUGUCACCUAUAAAAGAAAUAGCCUGAGGCAAAUGAUGGAAGUGUUAAUAAUUAUAAUCUUAGUUUUAAGAAAAGACAGAUUUUUGGAUAAAUAAAUAAAAAAAAUGUAUU